AUGAAGAGGCUUUGCAAUGACGAUGACACAGGAUUCAGCAUCGGCACUGGUGCAGCUCACACCGGCACGUGUGAAGGCCUGUCGGCCAGGCAGCUUCCGGACAUUGGGGCUGUCGAUCCUUCGGCUGUGCGCUCGCUGCUUCUGCGUGCCGCUGACAGCCAGACCUGCCAGCAACAGUGCGAGAGCAGCACCAUCGACACACGCACCUUGGGCGCUCUCCCUGCCCUUGACUGGCCACUCUCCUUCUCAACCUCCCUCUCAUCCUCCUUCGCAUCCACCCUUGCACCCUCCCUCUCAACCUCCUUCACACCCUCUUUUUCACCCUCCCUCGCACCCUCCGUAACACCCAACCACGUGUCCACCUCUCGCCCCUACGAGGCCCAAUCUCUCCCAGCUGGAGCACCCUGGCGCUCCACUACUCGCACGCCCUUCACCUUCGGUCUCACUCAGAGCUCCCGUGUUCUGCAUUCCGCCCCGCCUAGCACCCUUCCGCCAUCCGCCCACUCGACCGUCCCUCCUACUAAUGCUCCCCCCUUCGCCCCCUUCACGGCUCCUCCUCACAACCCGCUCACCUCCCCUCCCUCUUCAUUUCCCUCUCAUUCUUCCCACUUCCAGUCUUCUGCUACCUUCACACCCACUUCUUUCAUAACACCCGCCACACCACUGGUGCCGUCAGACCCUCCCACCAUUCUCAACCGUGGCCCACCGCACUCUCUCCCCUCCUUCCCCUCACUCUCCGCACUCCACAACGCUGCAUCCUCGGCUUCUGUCGACUACUCCCCGCCUUCCUCUCAGACCUCCUCCCAACCCUCCUUCCAGCACACCUCUGUACACACGAGGCCGCACAAGGCGCCUCGUAUGAGCCGAGGCGUGUUGCCCCCCGCUGCUCUGGAAUUUGCCCGUUCUUUUUUUUCCGGGCUGCCCGGCAGGGAUGGUCCCCAGGGAGGGGAGAGCAGCGACGGGCAGCAAAUGUUGGAGCGCACGUGCACUAGUGCGAGGGAAUGCCUGCUUAGCGCAAAGGAAAGCCUGGCUAGUGCACAGGAAAGCCUGACUAGUGUGGGGCAGGAAGGUGGAGGAAAAGAAGGGACAGAAGAACUGCCACCCAUGGCUUGCCAACCUUCACUUUCUGAUAUGGUUACAGCUGCUGCUGCUGCUGCUGCUGCUGCGCCUGGUGCAGUUUCUGCGCCUGCUGUGACUGGUACCCCUGAUGUGGCUGACACUCCUGCAGCAGUGGCUCUUGCAGCAGCAGCAGAAGGGAUCUGUCAGGGCGAGCUGUCGAUUUGGAAUGACCUGAUUGAGCUGGAGGGCGGUGCGGAAGGGGUGGUGUGCGGUGUGGAGAAGAGAGCGGGGCUGGCAGUGAGCUCUUUCUGUGAGCUGGAGGAUCUCUUAGAGGAGAACAGUAAACUGCUGUAG